AUGGCUCACGAGAGUCGUAACGAUGUUAUGAUGAGGAUCAUGCCCAACGGAAAAUAUACCCUAGAGGCAAUAAUGGUCAUUAUCUGCGCCACUAUCUCGCUCUACAAUGGCAUCGAGUUACUUGCUCUGAUUUUCACCUCAUCUAGGAGACGCAGCGAUUUGUAUUUCUGGAGUCUCACUGCUGCUUCUAUCGGUAUCCUGCCAUACGCGGCUGGCUGGUUGAUCCGCUACCUUGACAUCGUUGGCGACGUACCGGACAUGAUCAUCAACGAUAUCGGAUGGAUGCUCGUGACUACUGGUCAAGCACUUGUCCUGUACUCCCGACUUGUACUACUUGUCAAGAACCCGACAGUUUUGUGUUUUACCAAGUGGAUGAUUAUUAUCAACGCUGCCAUUUGGCACAGUGCAAUCACUGUUCUCAUCUUCGCCAUUGGCCAUAAACAGAGACUCGACCGCAAUGCUGCAUAUAUUAGGGUCGAAAAGGUCCAAAUGACAGUAUUCUGCGUACAGAAUUUUGUCCUAUCUGGUAUAUAUCUAUGGAAAACGACCAAGAUCAUAAGAACGAAGGAUCCGCAAUACCGAACUAGCCGUGUCCUAUGGCAUCUUGUUUUCAUCAACGUACUGCUCAUACUCAUCGACGUCGCUCUGCUCGCAGUUGGCUUUACCAACAAUCCUCUUUGGCAGCAAGGCGUAAAGGCAGUCGGAUAUUCAGUCAAACUCAAGCUCGAAUUUGCGAUCCUUGGGAAGCUUAGCGAUUAUCUUUAUAAAGGAGGGGAACUGGUGAUUGACUCUCCCAUGUUUGGAUUCGUGGAAAUGGAGCCUGAGCCUCCAUCAAAAUCAAGACCAGGGCAACCGAUACCAGCUCCCGAGACAGCUCACUUUGAAAGUACCAGAAAGCCUUCAAGUGUCUCUGCUGCAGAGUCAUCGCGACACCGGGAGUUUGUAUCGGAUGUAACGGUCGUUGACAAAGGCAAGGGUGUGAUAAGGCGUACAUUGGAUAAGGGAAAAAGUAAAUGUUCUGACGAUUGCUGCAACAAUGGUGUUCGGGCUUCGAGUUAG